AUGUGUCCCUCCAAAGCAGCCCCACCCCCAUCACCACUCGUGGCCUCCCCUCCACCGUCCCCAUCACCCAAUCAACCCCUCAACGCAUCCUCCUCCUCCUCCUCCUCACCCUCCUCCACCUCACUCGCUCCCUCAUCCCAAUCCGGUCUGUCAGUGGGGGCUGUCAUUGGCGUUGUGACAGCAGCCGUUCUGCUCUUGCUUCUCCUGCUCGCCUUAGCUUGGUCAUCCACCAAGGUCAUCACCACCAUGGUCAUCACCACCAUGGUCAUCACCACCAAGGUCAUCACCACCAUGGUCAUCACCACCAAGGUCAUCACCACCAUGAUCAUCACCACCAUGGUCAUCACCACCAAGGUCAUCACCACCAUGGUCAUCACCACCAUGGUCAUCCCCACCAUGGUCAUCACCACCAUGGUCAUCACCACCAUGGCCAUCACCACCAUGGUCAUCACCACCAUGGUCAUCACCACCAAGGUCAUCACCACCAAGGUCAUCACCACCAUGGUCAUCACCACCAACUUCCACUGA